GAGAGAAAUCAGACUCUUCUCCCUUUUUCCAUUCCAUUUCUUUUCGGUUCAAGCAGCUUAUCAUAAUAUGCUUUUGAUAUAUUACCAUGUUGACUAAUACCAACCAACCACUCUUUCUUUCUCUCUCUCCAAAACUCUUGGUGAUCAGACACACUGGGGGGGCCUCGUUUUUAUUUAGUUGGUGUGUCUCACUAGCGGAUUUUAACAGAAACCCCAUAGGGCAUAACCCUCUCUCUCUCUCUCCCUCUCUCUGAGGAUUAUAUGCAUGAAUUCUAUAUAUUUCACGUGCCAUAUAUAUAUAUUCAGCUCAUGUUCAUGGACACUGAUGCAAUAUACAUCUGUGUUUCCGAAGCAGAAAGCUGUGGUCUCUCAUCUUCAACUUUGUGCUCUCAGUUGGACCUCAAAUCCUAAAUUUGCAGCUUUUCAUCUGUAAAUGGUACUUCUUUCUUGGAAGCAAAUUAAACAGCAUCAAUCAGAUAUUUGUGGCGUAACUUCCUUCUAUAAAUUGAGGGGCUCGUGGGGUUACGUACAGGAAAUGAGGAUGGUUGGGCCCUUGUUGGACGCAAGGUGAGGUACUAAAAAUCACCCUUUGCUCACAAUCCAACGUAUAUAUUUACUUAUUCUGGAUUUAAUUUCCUUUGGCAAUUAUCUGGAAAGGGCAGAUCCCAAUGUUAUAUAUGAAGGAAGGACUGAUCAAGAUCUUUUGAUAGAAAAAAAUUAAACGCCAUCACAAAAAUGAAGUUUAUGAAACUUGGGACAAGGCUAGACACGUUUUACACAGAAGAAGCUACCAGGACAAUGAUUUCAGAUUUACCUAGUGACAUUAUCGUACAAAUUAAUGAUAUCAAUUAUCUUCUCCAUAAGCUGCAGUUUCCACUUCUUCCAAAGUGCGGCCUCUUGCAACGUCUUUACUCUGAUGCUGGCAAUUCCGACAAUAUUGUUACAAUUGAGCUUCAUGAUCUUCCUGGAGGCGAAGAUGCUUUUGAACUGUGCGCUAAAUAUUGCUAUGGAAUUACGAUUGACAUCAGCGCACACAACUUUGUAUCGGCAUUCUGUGCUGCUAAGUUCCUUAGAAUGACUGAAUCGGUAGAGAAGGGAAACUUUGUUGUAAAACUUGAGGCCUUCUUCAUGUCAUGCAUUCUGGAAGGUUGGAAGGACUCUGUCGUCGCACUCCAGAGCACAUCAAAGUUACCUGAGUGGUCUGAGACUUAUGGAAUCACCAGAAAGUGCAUCGAUUCUAUUGUUGAGAAAAUCCUCACACCACCAGCAAAGGUCACAUGGUCCUACACUUAUACUAGACCCGGUUACUCCAAGAAACACCACCAUUCUGUGCCAAAGGAUUGGUGGACGGAGGACUUAUCUGAUCUUGACAUAGACCUGUUCCGCUGUAUGAUUACUGCCAUCAGAUCGACAUACAUGUUGCCACCACAGCUUAUUGGUGAAGCUUUGCAUGUCUAUGCCUGCCGUUGGCUACCAGACACUACAAAGAGUAGGCCUAUAGAGAGUUCAGUGACUCAAACGGAUCAAGAAUUCAAGGAUAAGAAUCGACGAAUUCUUGAAGUUAUAGUGAGCAUGAUUCCUGGAGAUCGAGGAUCGGUUUCAGUUGGGUUUUUGCUGAGGCUUCUAAGCAUAGCAAAUUACGUAGGAGCCUCUCCCGUGACAAAGACAGAGCUCAUAAGGAGAUCUAGUCUGCAAUUUGAGGAGGCAACUGUGAGUGACAUGCUCUUUCCUUCACACUCAACCUCUGAAGGCCACUCUUACGAUAUUGACUUAGUUGUGGCAGUGUUGGAAAGUUUAGUGGUGCUAUGGAGAAGACAAUCUCCUACUGCUGCAGAAAACAGCCAGUUCUUGGGAUCCAUUAGGAAGGUUGGGAAGCUCAUUGAUUCUUACCUUGAAGUGGUUGCAAAGGAUGCUAACACGCCUGUAUCAAAAUUAGUAUCUCUAGCUGAAGCAUUACCGGAUAUUGCUCGGCCAGAACACGAUGACCUUUACAAGGCAAUCAACAUUUAUCUUAAGGAGCAUCCUGACCUGAGCAAGGGAGACAAAAAGCGCCUCUGCCGGAGUCUGGACUGCCAAAAGUUAUCUCCGGUGGUACGUGCCCAUGCUGUGAAAAACGAACGGCUACCAUUGAGAACUGUCGUGCAAGUCCUCUUUUUUGAACAGGAGAGAGGUUCCAAGGAAAACACCCACAAGCUGCCACUCCAGGAGAUAAUUUCUAAAGGAAAGCAGGCACCCACUGUAAGAGAAGAUCAGUCUAAGCUAAAACUGGGUUCAGAUGAGAAAUUUAGUAGGGGGGAGGGCAUAAGAAGAACCGCCAUUCCCGGAACAGGCGAAAAAGAUCAACAUAAAAGUAAGAUCAGAUCAGAUGGAAAGUUGCCAGUAGCAUUGGAAAGAAAGUUGGUCAUUGGAGAAAUUGAGGAAGUGGAGUCAGAGAAGGGGAAGAUUAAAGAAGAAGGAAUGUCUCGGAGCAAGUUGGAUCCUAAGAAAAUGAUACCAAGGGGAAGUAGAUCAGACCAUAGCCGUGAUAAAGGCAGGGACAGAUAGGAAAGGAAGACGCUCCCUUUUCUCAUUGAACUUGCAGUAAUUUGCUUUUCUUCUCUUCGUAAAUGUUUUGCUUUUGAACUGUUUAUAAGCCCUUUGCAUCAUUUGUGUCCGUGUAGAAAGUUCUUUAUCAUUAGUUGGAGCAUGUUGUUAGACGUUAA